AUGGCCCUCAGUAUCCGGCAGAAGAAGGUGCGAAGAAUCUCCGGAGACCCAGUCCAUGGGGUUGUGGUGCAAGGCCCUGUGGAUGGUCUGGCUACUGGCACCCCACUCUAUAGUGUGGCGGUGCAAGGCACUAUAGAUGGAAGGACUACUUGUAGACCAAGGGGUUGGAGGUAUGGUACCUGGAAUGUAGGCACGUUGACAAGAAGAAGUUUGGAAGUGGUGGAGGAGCUGCAGAGGAGAAUGGGGGAUGAUGGUACGGGAGGAGUUGGUGUGAUGGUAAGAGAAGAGUUGGUGGAGAAGGUGUUGGAAGUGAGGCGGAGAAGCAAUGGUGUAAUUGUGGUGAUGAUGGUGUUUGGAAAAGUAAUAGUGAGGGUGAUAUCAGGAUAUGCUCCGAAACAAAGUAGGAAGGAAGAGGAGAAGGAUAGGUUUUAUGAUGAUGUUUCUGACGAGAUUGGGCAAGCGGGGUUGGAUGAGUUUGUGGUGUUGUUGGGUGAUUUGAAUGGUCAUGUGGGGGCGGAUGCAGACGGAUAUGAAGGUGUACAUGGGGGAUGGAGAUUUGGUAUACGGAAUGAGGAAGGGCGUAGAGUGUUGGAGUUGGCGGAUGCACAUAGCAUGGUGGUGGGGAAUACCUGGUUUACAAGGGAACCAGCGCGAUUGAUUACAUAUAGGUCAGGGGAGCAUAGGCCAAUGAUAGACUAUAUAUUGGUAAGGGCCAAACAUAGAAAAGGACCCCCGGUCAACCCAGCCGUCCAUCCUUUCGAGGUUGGUAAAUGGGUCAACGACAUAAGUUGUCGCAUGUUGGAUUGCGAGAUGGCUCAGUGGUUCAAAUGCGCGCUGAGUCAAACAUCUCAAUGA